AAAUUGAUAGCUGUGAAAACAUGGCAGAAGCAUUUAAAUACGCCUAUCUAAACAACACCAAUGUAUCUGCACCUAUGCUGUCGUUGGAAUAACUCACGGAAGACGGUUUCAAAAGAACAAUUUAACAGCUUGAAAAGCUUGGAUUUUAAAUUGCAAGAUAAAUAACUGGAUUAUCUAACGUUGAUUCACGAGCAAGUCAGGCUAUGGCAUACAUGAGAAGCGUCACGUUUGUCCUUCUUAUAAAUCUCUGCAUAAUUCUAUGCGCUUCGCUUCCUCUUUCGUCGAUUCAGAGAGAAGAAAAGGACAAUUUUUACAACAAGGUGUUUCCAGGGGAAGAGAGAGCCUCUCAGGAUUACUUUGAUCGCUAUCCUUGGAGUAGAAAUAAGCAAACAGAAAGUUUCCCUUCAAGAGACAGAGCAUACGACAAUGAAAACACAGCGUCAAAGUUUCAACUCCAACGAAGUCUCACAGACGAAGAAUUAAAGAGGACUCUUCUUCGAGACAUAGUCAACUGGAAAAAUGGGAACAAUUUCGAGAAACGAGAGCCGCAGCGGAAAUGCCGAAUCCACCCUGGAUAUAUAGGUUGUUCAAGACAGCAGACACAGAAUGAAGACGAAGCCAGAAACAAAGACAUGGAACCUUUUAACAGAGACCCUGGAGCGAACCUGAGCGACGAAGAAGACAAGGAUCGGAUCAAACAAUACGAUGAGGAGAUAGAAAGAACCUUCAGGGCACUGGAACGAGAAAUGGAUGGUCGUAAACUGUUGUAAAACACCUGACUAUUUGCACAAUCUUUUCGAAACCUCAAGUUCGAAAAAUUAAUGAUUAAAUAUGGAAUGAACUCAUAAAGUUCUGAGAUUAUGCUAAUUACACGGGCUGUAACCCAGUAGACCUUAAAUGCUUAAUGUGUUUUUCUGCUCUGCAAGUAAUGUUGGUCUAAAACAUGAACUUAUAUCCAAGGCUUAUACAUGAGCUGUAAAAAAUACACGAAUUAAUGGAACGGCAGUGAAUUUGACGUUUUGUGAUCGUAGAGUGGAGGAAGUUGAAAACCGAGGAUUCAUUGAUUCAUGUACAUGUAGCUCUUGUAAGGGCACAGUAGUCGCAAUACGCUUAUUUGUUCAUCCGGAAUGUCUUUCUGCUAUAAGUGUUGGUAUAGUAAUCAACAAUGUAUAUAAGAACUGUAGAAAUGCUUUUAAAGUUCUGGCUCAAUUGCAUUUAUUUGGGCAAGAGUGUUAAAUAAAGAUGGAUCUCUCCACAUG